AUGAAGCAGAGCGUGCUGCGGACCGCAGGCACAUCCCCUGCCAACUCCCGUGGGCAUACUCAGGGCCGCCUUGGGCGUGGUAGAGGCCCAGAAGGCCCCGAGAACAGUUCCCCGCAAGCCGCAGAGAUCGGGACCUCGCUGAAACCUUUAACCUCGAGUGACGUCGCAGGCCAGACCGCUACUCUCCGCAAGGAAGCCGCUGCUUGGACAACGACAGCUGCCCAGCAUCGCAUCCACUCUGCAGACUGGCCGUACACAGCCUCUGCUCUCGCCCAACAACAAAGAGCACGCACGCAGCAAUCAAACUUGCAAACUUUUGCAAAGACUUUGUUUUAUUCUUUUUCGCCGGCCGAGCCCCCGUUUCGCGUUGCCACGAGAUUCUCCGGUUUUCUUCCGUCCUCGAUCCAGGAACAGCCCGAUCGGCUUGAGUCAGCACGGGCACCAACGUCGUCACCGCACCAGGAACAGGAGACUCUUCUGCAGCGUCCCAGCAUCACCCCAUACCCCAAUUCGCGUGCCCUUAACACCACGCACAUAUACCCAGCAGCACCCGUCUGCUCGAGCCUGUUGCUGCUCGCUGCCCUACGCGAUACAUUCGCCGCCUCCAGCCACGACCGCGCACUCCCGCUCUCCGCCACCGCUCGCUUGCAAUUGAUCGGCGAGCGCAUGUCUCAUUCUUGA